AUGGCUUUACCAAUUCCAAGUUUGGAAACUCCUUUCGGUAUCCAAUUAUGGCCGAUUUUCGAUUAUGUUGUUUCAAAAAUCUCCAAUAAUCGUUUCAUUCCAUCUGAAUUUGAAUUUGUUAAUGGUGUUACCCCAUUAUCUACUUUCCGUGAAGCAGCAGCCAUUAUUGCUAUUUAUUACACUGUUAUUUUUGGUGGUAGAGCCGUUAUUAGAGCUUUGAAUUUACCAGUUAUUAAAUUAAAUGGAAUUUUUCAAAUUCAUAAUUUAUUUUUAACUACUUUAUCAUUAACUUUAUUAUUAUUAAUCUUGGAACAAAUCAUUCCAAUUUUUGCUCAUGGUGGUCCUCAUUAUUCUGUUUGUUCUCCACAAGCUUAUACUCAAAAAUUGGUUGUUUUAUAUUAUUUGAAUUAUAUUACUAAAUUUAUUGAAUUGAUUGAUACUGUUUUCUUGGUUCUUAGACAAAAGAAAUUAACAUUCUUACAUACUUACCAUCAUGGUGCUACUGCUUUGUUAUGUUACACUCAAUUAGUUGGUUACACUUCUGUUCAAUGGGUUCCAAUUACUUUGAAUUUGGGUGUUCAUGUUGUUAUGUACUGGUACUAUUUCUUAGCUGCUAGAGGUAUUAGAGUUUGGUGGAAAGAAUGGGUUACUAGAUUCCAAAUUAUUCAAUUCGUCAUUGAUUUAUAUGUUGUUUAUUACGCCACUACUACUUAUUACGCCUACAAAUAUUUUGGUCUUUUAAGAGAUUGUCAUGGUACCGAAAGAGCUGCCAUUGUUGGUUGUUCCAUCUUGUCCAGUUAUUUGGUUUUAUUCAUUGCAUUCUACUACAAUACUUACAAAAAGGGAAAGAAAUCAAAGAAAGAUUAG